AUGAAGACAGAAGACGCCGCCUCACGGCCCCUGGCCGCAACCCUCUCCGCCAUCACAACCCCCCCAUCCACCCAAUCGCACUUGCAAACACAACCCCAAUCGCAAACAAAAACACACUCCAAAUGGAACACCGAAAGACUCGCCUCACGCCUCGCAGCAGACGCCGCAAGCGCCUCCUGCGCCGGCGCCCUCGUCGCCCCCAUCAUCACAAUCAUUGACCGCUCCAUCAUGGAAAACGCCUCCGGCCGCCGCCCCCUAUCCACAUCCCUCCUCACCUCCCUCACCACGCUCCUCACCCGCCCACAAACCAUCCUCCUCUCCCGUCCCACGGCCCUCGUCUUCGCCCUCUACGCAGGGACAUACCUCACCGCCAACGCCCUCGACACGCUCUCCUCCACAGUCUCAAACUCCCCCGCCACAUCAACCACCUCCGGCCCGGCCAAGUUCGCCGCCUCGUCCGCCACCAACGUCGGCCUCUGCGUGUACAAAGACCAAGUCUUUGUCCGCCUCUUCGGUCCUCCCGGCGUCGUCUCCACCCCGCGACCAGUCUCAUUGCCAAGCUAUCUCCUCUUCACCACGCGCGACUGCCUCACCAUCUUCGCAUCGUUCAAUCUCCCUCCUCUGCUCGCCCCGAGAAUCGACGCCCGUCUCUCCGACUCGCUCAAGCGCUCCUUCGUCUCGGGCCUCACCGCGGCGCAGUUCCUCGCCCCGGCUUCCGUCCAGCUGCUUUCCACGCCCAUCCACCUCCUCGGCCUCGACAUGUACAACCGCCCCGAGGGAACGGCGUCGUGGCGCCAGCGCUGGCACGUCGUCAGGACGAAUUGGCUCGUCAGCACGGCGGCGCGCAUCUGUCGCAUCGUGCCGGCUUUUGGCGUCGGCGGCGUGGUGAAUACGAAGACGAGGAGGCAUCUCAUGGAACAGGUUGCGGGAUGA